AAUUGAGUAAUUAUAAAGUAUUCUCCCAGCUUAGCUUUUGUUAGUACUCCAGCUUAAGCAUCAGCAUCAGCAUCAACCCCAGCUCCGGCUCCGGCGACCCGAUCUGUUUCUGGCGGCUAUACUCCCCGAUUGACGAAAAUGAUGGGAGCGAAGAGAAAAGUUGGAAAAUAUGAGCUUGGAAGAACCAUUGGAGAGGGAACAUUUGCAAAAGUUAAGUUUGCGCACAACACAGAGACGGGUGACAAUGUGGCCAUCAAAAUCUUGGCCAAGACUACUAUUCUCAAGCACAAGAUGGUUGAUCAGAUAAAACGAGAGAUCUCAAUAAUGAAGAUUGUCAGACAUCCUUGUAUAGUGAGGCUGCAUGAGGUUUUAGCCAGUCAAUCAAAGAUAUACAUAGUUCUGGAGUUUGUGACUGGCGGAGAACUUUUUGAUAAAAUUGUAAGUACUUCUGUAAUUUUUUGAAAAAUGAUGUUAUAUUUUCCAUCUGACUGUGUUAUGGUUAAAUGAGCACUGAAGCCGACCCUCCCAUACCUCGA